CGCUGACAUCAGGUUGACUACAUGCGGUCGGAACUGCUUUUCCUGCAGGGAUAGACAAGUAAAACCGUGGUUAUCAACCCCGGAUCUUGGUACGGUCGCUCAUCUCCCGACCGGCGCGGCUGCGAACCAAACACCCACGCAAGGCUGAACCCUGGAACCAACCCCCAUGAGUUCAUAACAAUGCGGUGACCAUGAUCUGGAGCCCCGCGUAUGAUGGUACGACAGUUUUGGCCGCAAACAGUAAUCGACAAUAGCAGCGCUCUCCGCACAGCCUGACGUGGUCGUGAUGUUGGUACUUUUGCCAUUUGGGCAACAAUAAAUGAAGGCCAGGCUUCUGUUGGGAGCUGGUGGUUGUUUAUGAAGAUAAUUAUUACUAUCGCCAUAAUCAUUCCAUGCUAAUAUUGUCUCAUGAUAUAAAGAACGACGCCAUCUCUCUACACAAUGGCGACGUCCUUCCAAGCUCAUGUCCAUAAUUCCUUUGAGUCCCCAGCUACUUCUUUCACGCAUACCAGAUGGGUUCCUGGUAUUCCAGACGAGACUGGGGCUUCUACCAUCUCCUCCUUUCGUUCCAGAGUAUCAUCUAGUGAAACAAGCACCUCUUUGAAUGACCUUUCGCGUACUCUAGAGUACCGAAAAUCCCACAUGAUGGACCCUUCCAGCAUCAAUAGCGCAAGCCAUGAGAGGAUCCUGGACUGGAUCCGCUCAGAGCGUAUGCGCAAGCUACCCCCUGAGGGAAGCAGCUAUGACAAGGUCCUUGUUCGCGCAAGGCUGUUUGUUGAGCGACUGUACUCCUUUGAAUUAGGGAUUCAGCCGUUUGCAGGCGAUAGCCAGACCGCGACGCAGCUGGCUUAUAUCUAUUGUGCCACUCUCCUUAGGCUGGGCGAGGAAAACAGUGAAGCCCUGAUGGAUCUGUUUAGUUUCUUCUAUCGAUGUUCAACAGACCUUCACCACCUCAUGGGUCGCGCGGAACUGUUCCCUGUGUCUCGCAAGAUCAGAGACCAGGUUACCCUUGCUGUUGGCGAUCUGGUGACGUUGGUUGUGGAAAUUACAUCGCAUUUCCAAAAGUCUCUCACGGAUAUCACGUCCGGUUCUGUUGCGAUUGAUAUCCACAAUACCUUCUCUGAGCUCAUCGAGAGCUUCCAGGCCCGUUGUGAAGAUGUGUCUGAGUUGAUGUGGCAGCAUCAGAUCUCGCAAGAGGGCCUCGGGCAUCAAGUCACCGAUGUCAAGACGCUCAGAGAGUGGCUCCAGCCGGAGGAUACCGUCCUCGAGCAUAUCACCAAAUACACUGCGCAGUUCGCUCAGGACCGCGAGGAGUCAACAUGCCUAUGGGUCGCACCGCAUCUGACUCGGUUCAUGAAAGGUGACCAGAAGACACUGGCCAUCACUGGCAAUCCAGGUUCGGGCAAGUCGAUUCUGGCAACAGUUAUCAAUGACCACCUCCAGAGCCCUAUUGCGGGUGUAUCGUACCAAUCUAUCUUUGUUCCAAUCAACAGCAGAAUUCCUGCCCUAACAACUCCCCAGGCUGUUGCCAAGGCAAUUCUUGCUGAAUUAUUUGCAUUGAGAAUUGGAAACGUCGGUCUUUACAAGUCUCUCUCAGACACAUAUAAGCGCUGCACGAAGACUGUCAAUGACGAAGAGUAUACGGACUUGCUCUGGGCUGCUGUGAAGAGCGGCCUUCAUUCAUCCAUGCAGGGCUCUAAACCGACUGUGCUCAUCGUUGACGGAACAGACGAGUCUACCUGUGGACAGGAUGUUCUGCUCAAAGGCCUCAGGGGAGCGAGUACCGACGUUGAUAAUCUGAAGCUGAUUGUGACCGGCUCUGAGAAGCACAAUACUUUUCCUAAACAGUCGUCUGUGAAUAUAACCCCAGACCUUAUCUCGGAUGACGUUGCGGCGGUGGUUCGAACUGUUUUCGAUCACUGUCCAGCCUACAACUCGCUCAAUGCAGAAGACCAGGAGGUUUGCGUGCACCGCAUCGUGAAGGCUGCAGAGGGCUCGUUCCUCUGGGCCAAACUCGCCGCCAAAAGAAUCCGUGACGACAAUACAUCGAAAACUCGGCCCUUGGUCAAGGAUAUCGGCAGCUUUGUGAAGGCAAACCAUACCGUUAACGACUUGGUGUAUCAAACUCUCAAGUCCAAUGCUUCGCAGGCCGGUGUGAAGAUAGUUGCCUGGCUUGCUACGGCUGCACGACCCCUGACCAUCUCAGAACUGUCAAGUCUUCUGUCUAUCCAGCCAGACAAGGACGCUAUUGUUGAACAGAAGGCUGCCCCCCUCAACCUUCUAAAGCCCUUUGCGUCGCUCGUCUUCUACCAGAACAACAUGGUGUACCUGCGUCACGGUCAGCUUCGCAGCGCCAUCUGCCACAUCAUCAGCAAUGACAAGUCCAUUCCAGCCAUCAAAGACACGCAGCUUGACCUGAUUCGCAGGAUGGCAGUCUACAUCAAGCACACCGUUACUGGAAAGCAGGAACCAUCCCUGGAUACCCCAGAUCCACAACAGGCUGAGAGUCUGGUCGAGAAGCAUCCUUUCCUGGACUUCUCCCUGCGAUACUGGCUGGGCCAUACUAGGAUCGCUUUCGGCUGCGACUCAGACCAGGAGAUAUCUAAAGCCGGCCAGGCCUUGAGUCAAGUCUUCCCGGGCAGUUCCUUGGUCCCUAUGCUGGAAAUGACAGUCUGGAAGAGAAAGCCAACCCCGUCCCUGGUCUCGUUGUAUACUACCCAGGCUCGCCUCUACCAGAACGUCCUGGGGACGAGGGACCCUGCUACCUUGCAGGCAACCCUCUGCCAGGCAUUAUUCUUCCAGAAGGUGCAGGAUGUGACGCCGUCGCAGGCGAGUGAGGUAUUCUACAAUACUACGAAGAUCUGCCAGUCAGUUCUUACAGUGCAUCAUCUCAUUACGAUGCGCAUGACGAAGCACUUCCUCGACUUUACUGAGAAGAGGACCACGAAAACUAAGUCUGAGAUUAUGACAAGGAGAACUGAAAUGCUUCAAGUCCUGGUUGAAUGCUACAAGGUCCACUAUGGCGCCUCGAGCGAGAUGGUCGUGUCGACUCUAACGCAGCUUUCAGAGCACUACCGAGCAGUCGGCCAGGUGCACAAGGCGCAGGAAAUCACAACCAUAAUCCAGGGCAGCACUGUUGAAUCCCAGCAGGAGACAACUACCGCUCGCAGGCCUUCGGAGCAGUCCCUUGUUGUUCAGCUUCAUGGUCGGAAGGACUCCGUGGAGCAUGGCACGGUCCUGACUCUGGAUGAGUCUUUCCAGGACGACAUCGCCAUAACCGCGACAUUCAACCUGCAGUCUCUCCUCUCAAAGGCUGAAAAGGAAAUCCGCGAGGGCAAUCUAACGGCUGCAGAGCGGACCUAUGUGGAUAUCUGGCAGCAAACCAGCAAGGACAACAGGGUGCAUAACUCCACCGAGUCAGAGCUGCGCAAUAUUAAAGCCAUCACCGCAUUCUCUGACUUCCUCAAGUCUCAGAGGAGAGACGAGGAGGUUGCUUCUGUGCUGUCCAGCUUCUGGGAAGAGCAUUGGCAGUCCAUGUCGAGCUCGCAGGAGGUCGUUUCCCAGUUCACUGGCAUUGCAAAGCGUAUGAGGUCCGUGGGACUGUCCUCGCAGGCCUUGAGCGUAUUGAAGCAGUGCUCGCAGCGAACUAGUCGGGAGGGAUCUCUGUACAAGGAGAUACAAGAGGAGACUGUAUCUACCUCUGAGGAAGUACUCCAGGCCGCCGGCUCGUCCACUUCAGGCAUGACCGAGUCCGACCUCCAGGAAAUGGCGAACAGUAAUUCCGAUCUCUCUGCUACAGCUAUCGACAAACUGGUAAAGAUGUACAUGGCCCAGCACCGGUGGAAAGAUGCUACAAGGACACUGAAACAGGCAUUGCAAGGCGCCUGGCCGUCAUUCUUUGUGCGCUCUCUCAACGAUGUCGUUUUCCCUCGCAGUAAUGCGCAGUAUUCUAUUGACCUGGCGCAACGAUUAAGACUCUGCUACCGCUACAGACGCAAUCCAGCAAAGGAAGAAGAUAUCUGCCUUCGACUGUAUAACGCAGUCAAGCGUGAUCGCAAGGUCGGUGGUAAUGAGCUGUUCGACGGCAUUGCAAAGGGGCUUGUCAACCUCUACGAGCGCAGUCGCCAGACAGACAAGCUUGUUUCCAUCCACAAUGACAUCUUGAAGGACUACACCAACCGCUUCGGGGAUGGCCACCCGGCUGUACUUAAACAGCUUUGGACGUUGGCUGAUUUGACUCGUCCGGGAACUGCCUGCGUGGACUACUACCAGCGCGUCUUCGACAUCCUGAACAAGAGCUCGGAUACCUGCAGACCAGAAGCAUUUGAGUGCCUGGUUCUACUCGUGACAGAGCUUUUCAAUCAGAAGCGCUAUAAGGCUGCACUUCAACCCUGCAGCAUCUUGUUCAAGACCCUCCAUCAUCCGAAUAUCAACUCCAAGUUGCGCAGUGACAGGUUCGUCAAAUCGGUCUAUGAGCGGUAUAUCCACUGCCUGCAUAUGACCAAUGCCGAGUUCCGUGUUAUCCACGAUGUGACUGCUGAGUAUCGAAAUGCUUGCCUGUCUGUGUUUGGCACCAAGGCCGUGAUUACAAUCGAGGCAACCAAGACGCUGGCCCAUAUCUGCCAGACCUCUAAGGAAUACGAGGGCGAGGCCGUGCAACUAUACGAGGAGCUCCUCAAGACCAAGUCGGAAGUGGCAGACAUCGAUUACGAGGAUAUCCGCGCGACCAUCGAUGGUAUCACUGAGGAGCGAGAAGGCCAGUCAAAGACGACCACCACUACCUCUAAAGGGAAGCAUCAGACCGUGUCUAUUAGCCAUCAGCGCCUGACUACCACACUGUCAAUGUAUGGAUGGGCUCAUGAGGCUUCCCUAUCUCAAAUGGAGGAAUUGGUGUCGCUGUAUGCCAAGCAGAACGACACUCAAAGCGCCUCAAUUCUGCUCCACGACGCUGCUACUCAUAUUCUCACAUCAGAAAGCUCUUCGGCCGACAUUAUCAAGUCUGCUAAGACUAUCGCCGCGGGCUAUAGGCAGAUCGGACAACUCCAACGCGCAAGAGAGCUGGCCCAGGAUAUCCACCGCCAGGUCAUAACAGGAGACAGCACCUCGGCCAAGUAUGGAAUAACGUCUAGCAAGCACCAGAGUCUGCUCUUCCUCGCGCAGCUUGAAUACAGUCUUCGCGAUGAAAGGGAGCUUUCGCUUACUAUGAACGAGAUCUACUCCUCGCUGAUGGCAGAGUCCGUCUACUGCGAACGCUUCCGCACAGAGGCUCGGUCCAAAUCCACCAGUCUCCAGUCAAUUCUACCCACAGUGUCACAUCUGGAGGAGCUAUUGAAUCUACGGGGUGAUGCGCCUAGCUCCCAGCUGCUGAUGGAGCAAUUCACGGACUACUUCAUGUCGCGCGAGGGCGAGGUCCUCGAUCUGAAUCGGCGACAGGCAACCGUCUUCCUGUCCACGAUCCUCCAGCACUUCCGGACGCACUCAUCGCAGAACUUCCUGCGCUCGGUGGCGCUCGCCUCGCAUGAUGGCGUGGUCCAUCUCCUUGCGAUAAACGAGCACCAGGCUGCAGCGGAUCUCGCCCUGGCGUCAUUCAGAUACGUCCAUGCCCACGACGGGUUCGCGACCAUGACAACCAUGAAGCUAGUCUUUCAGAUGGGUCUUGCGACCUCGGCAUGGGUCGUCCAGCCAAAGUCUGGGUCUCGGUUUGAACAGGAUUUGGUUGAUGUAUCGGAGACUAUCUGCAAGGAGAUGCUGAGGCACUGCAAGGGGAAGAACAUCGACCUCAGCCAGCUGGACGCCGUGCAUCUCAACAAUCUCAUCAAGAUCCUCGAUAAGCAGAAGGAUUACCUCAGUCUUUCGUGGCUGCUUACCUCGCUGUGGACGAAGCGGCAGAUCUCGCACCCGCCUCAGGUGAAUGGCGGAUAUACGCUCGCGCUGGGCCGCAUGCUUGUGGUCACCAGGUACUUGGUGGGCGAGUAUACUUCUGCAAUUCGUCUCGCCGAGGAUAUUGUAUACAACUGUGCGCGAGUGCAUGGGCCGACUCAUCCCAGUACUGUGGAGAUGAGCGUGCUUCUGUCCCAGAUGUAUACCAGCGUUGCACAGGGCUUCCAGAACAAGGAGGAUCAGCGCGAGCUGGCAUACCAGUACUACAAGAAGGCCGCUGCGCUGCAUGAAAAUUCUCUGCGGGCACUGGUUGAUCCCAGCUCUGCCAGUAUCGCAGGCGAAGAUGGGUCUCUAAGUCCUUCCAACUCUGAGCCGUCCAGUCCCGGAGGGGGGGAUGGCGCCGAGUCCUCGGGCAAACGGGCCAGGAAGCACCUGCACCUGCUCAAGCUUGCAAUUGAGCGGCUGGGUAACUGGCCCAAGGAGUAUAGAGAGUACGAGCAGCUGAAUUCGGAUCUGUUCACGGCGUUUGGAAACGAUCUGAAGGGUGUUGAGGGGGUGGAUAAGUGGAAUCUCAAGCAGUUUGGCUCUGGGCGCGCGGAGGCCAGUGAUGAUUUGAUUGCACUCAAGUCGUAUCCCAGAUUGGAUUUGAAUUCUUUGGCUAUUACAGUUUAGCUGUGGUUUCUCUUUGUCCGCUCGUGUGAGCAGAAGUGCUUGUUACGUAUUAUACUUGCAACCAGGAAGAGCAAACGACUUCCACAUGUUGCAACUC